AUGUGCUUAAGUAAUACACUGUUUAGUAUUUCAAACUGUUUCGUCCAAAUAACCUCGUUUACAAUGCAUUUAAAUGUUUGUGAAUUAUAUUACCGUAGGAGUUUCGGAUUACUUAAAAGCUAUGCGUUUGCCGUUAGGUGUUACCAUAGCGACAACGUAUUUGGAUUUAUGAAGAAAACUAAAAGUAUUUAUAGAGGUACGAUGCCAGAAGACGUUUUAGACCUUCGCUGCAAGCAAAGCAAUUUUUACAGACUAGUGACUGCAUACAGGCAACAUGCGCAUAAGUAUUCAGAAAUAAACCCAGUUUCUCUUACCAAAACUUGUAGCGUUGUUCCAGAACUUGAUAUUCAGAGUUAUGGUUUCUCGCAGAGCGACAUAGUCAAAUUUAAGGGUAUUAUCAAUGCUGACAAGGAAGAAGGGACGAUAGCAGAGGCUGUCGAUUUCUUAAAUAGAGCGUACAGUAAGACAGUGGCGGCGGAAUUUUUACAUUUGGAGGAAGAGGAAGAAGUCGAUUGGUUUACUAGAGAGUUAGAAGCAUUACCGUAUAAGGACAUAGACAAAGACACAAAAACUCGCUUAGCGGUGGAUCUUCUAAAAUCUCAGGCAUUUGACAAUUUUUUAGCCAAAAGGUUCACGGGAGUUAAGAGAUACGGCGGUGAAGGUGCUGAGAGUAUGAUGGCCUUCUUUUCAGAAAUCUUCCGAUGUUCGUCACAAGAUACGAUUGAACAGAUAGUAUUAGCAAUGCCUCAUAGGGGACGACUAAAUCUUUUGACGGGCAUGCUCAAUUUUCCACCAGUUCAAAUGUUCAGCAAAUUGAAAGGCAAUCCAGAUUUUCCGUCUCAGUACCAAUCCACUGGCGAUGUUCUAAGCCAUUGUAAUUCGUCGACAGACUUGGAGUAUGGGGAUAAAAAAGUACAUGUUUCUUUAUUGUACAACCCAUCACAUUUGGAAGCAGUAAAUCCAGUUUCUAUGGGAAAAACUAGAGGCAAGCAAAUGAUUAGCAAAGACGGUGAUUAUGGUAAAAGUUCCAGAUGGGGAGAUAAAGUUAUAAAUAUACAGGUACAUGGUGACGCUGCUUUAAUAGGGCAAGGAGUAAACCAAGAAUGCCUUACUUUGAGCGGUACACCGCAUUUUGAAAUCGGCGGUUCCAUCCACCUUGUAGUAAACAAUCAAUUAGGCUUCACUACACCAUCAGAUAGAGGCAGAUCAUCCAGAUAUUGCACCGACUUGGCCAAGAUUAUUAAUGCACCUGUUAUCCACGUCAACGGAGACUAUCCAGAAGACGUUUUGAAAGUCACAAAGUUGGCCUUCGAGUACCAACGUAAAUUCCGGAAAGAAGUCUUCAUCGAUUUGAAUUGCUAUAGGCAGUGGGGUCAUAACGAAUUGGACGAUCCAACCUUUACAAACCCUUCUUUAUAUGAAAUAAUAAGAUCCAGAGGAACAGUACCGGAUCUGUACGCCCAACAGCUGAUUAAAGAGGGUAUUCUAACCGAAGAAGACCGCAAAGGCAUAGUCGAUGGCCAUUAUAACUGGUUGGAUGAUAACCUGAGAGCUGUUGAUGGUUACCAACCGCAGGAUGUACAUUUUAAGAAGCAUUGGCAAGGGAUGGAGCAACCUGACGACGUGAUCACCACUUGGGAUACUGGCAUAGACAUGGAUCUUAUGACGUUCAUUGGGACUAAGUCGGUGAAAUAUCCUAGUUAUUUCGAAUUACAUCCCACAUUACUGCGGACUCACGUCAAAAAUCGACUGUCUAAAAUAGCUGAAGGUGUUAACAUUGACUGGUCCACAGCAGAAGCGUUAGCGAUGGGUUCACUUUUAUUUGAAGGAUGUAACGUGCGGAUUAGUGGCCAGGAUGUCGGAAGGGGCACGUUUUCCCACAGGCACGUGAUGCUGGUGAACCAGCAGACCAACAACAUCUACAUACCAUUAAACAACAUCCAUCCGGACCAGACGGCUUUCCUGGAAGUCGCGAACAGUAUUUUAUCGGAGGAAGCCGUUCUAGGCUACGAAUACGGCCUGAGCGUAGAGAGCCCCAUGAAUCUGGUCAUCUGGGAGGCUCAAUUCGGAGACUUCUUCAACGGGGCGCAGAUUAUCUUCGACACCUUCAUCACCUCUGGAGAAGCUAAAUGGUUGUGGCAAAGUGGUCUAACCAUUCUGCUACCCCAUGGCUACGAAGGUGCUGGCCCUGAACACAGUUCUUGUAGGUUGGAGAGGUUUUUGCAAUUGACAGACUCCAAGGAAGACAGGGCGGACGCGGAUAAUGUGAACGUGCAGGUGUGCCAACCUAGUACCCCAGCCCAGUAUUUUCACUUGUUAAGAAGGCAGAUGGUUCGAAACUUUAGGAAGCCUUUGAUCAUAGUAACGCCAAAAAUCCUCUUGAGGCAUUCUUUCUGCACAUCUGACUUUUCCGAUAUGGCUCCGGGGACGCACUUCAGAACAGUUAUAGGUGAUCCUCUGGUCGAUCCAGCCAAGGCGCAAAAAGUUCUUUUAACGUCUGGUAAGCACUACUAUUCCCUUGCCGAGAAGAGAGAAGAUAUGGGAGUAAAAGAUGCAGCUAUUGUGAGAGUGGAAAGUUUCUGUCCGUUCCCAACGUUGGAACUCAGGCAAGAAAUAACAAAGUACAAAAAUGCAAAAGUUUUUGUCUGGUGUCAAGAAGAACCUCAAAAUAUGGGAGCGUGGUUCUUCGUCAAACCCAGAUUCGAAAAUCUGAUAGGAGGAAAGAUAAUAUAUUGCGGUAGAGAGGCUCAAGCGGCCCCUGCAGUAGGCGUUGGAAGUUUCCACCAACACCAAGUGUCAGAAAUCCUUUCGAAACCCUUUCUAAUUGCCACUGGCUCUUAAAUUCAUGUCUAUUAUUUUUUUAAUAAAAUAUUUUGAUUAUA